CUGGCCUAUUUCUACUUCACCUUCAGCGACUCCGAGAAGCAGAAAUUGCGCAAUAUGCUUCUAUCCCUUAUUGGCCAACUUUCAAAAAGGCCUUCAGAGCGGGGUUUACCGGCUGAGGUUGUGGACUUAUACGAUAGCAGCAAGGCAAUUGGAAAACCGGCAGAUACCAAAUCUCUGAAAGAUCUGUUGUCACGGAUUAUAAAGAGUUUUAGGAAGACGUUUAUCAUUCUCGAUGCCUUGGAUGAAUUCCCCAAGGACACCCGCAAGAGCCUCCUAUCUUGGAUCGGCGAGCUUACCGUAGAUCAUAACGCGGGAUCGCUUUCCAUUCUCGUCACCAGCCGUCCCGAGGCCGAUAUAGUGAAAUCCCUAGAACCACUCACUACUUUUUCAAUAUCGCUACAAUCUAAUACUAUCGAUCCGGAUAUCCGCUCAUAUAUCCAGAACUCCCUAGACGGUAGGGAUGGCCUCAAGGAAUUUACCAAAGAAAUCAAAAUGGAGAUAGAGGACACACUCGUUGCUCGCGCACAAGGAAUGUAUGUUAUACUCAACUUCUAAAUUUUCAAUUUACGCUUACAUAAGAUUCGAUAUGUAAAGGUUCCGAUGGGUGGACUGUCUUUUACGUAUUCUAGAGGAAUGCAUAACACCAAAAGCUGUGAGAACCGCCUUGCAGGAACUGCCGAAAGAUUUGGAUUCCGUCUACUUGAGGAUCCUUAACAGCAUUCCCCAGGCACAGAGGGAAUAUAUUAGGCGAGCGAUGCAUUGGCUCGCAUUUUCAGCAGAGCCGUUGACAUUGGGACAGCUUGCAGAGGCCAUUGUGAUCGAAUACGAUGUCAACAAAUAUGGCGAGGAUUCAGAACCUCUUUUUAAUAUGAAGUCCCUCAUGAGCAUUUGCCCGAGCCUUAUCUCCUUCGAAGAUGCCAGGGACGAUCAAUCAUCCAUUCAAGAGGACCGAAGAUUACGACUGGCUCAUUUCUCAGUAAAGGAAUAUCUAAUUUCCGACCGGACAGGUCAGGGCCCUAGUGCCUACUAUCAUAUUUCGGAGGAUAAAGCCAAUUUACUGAUGGCGCACGCUUGUCUCAGU